AUGGCAUGGCUUCCAAGACUUGUAGUGCUGAAAUCCUCCUCGAACCACAAAUGCCUGAGCUUAACAAAAGAUAUUCCACUCGUACCAGCAGGGUUCAUGAGUUGCAAUACAGAACAAGUUGUGAAUCCAAAGGCCAAGUUUGAAGUGGAGAGGGCUAGUACUGGGACUGGAUUGGUGCAUAUAAGAUGCUGCUACAACAACAAGUACUGGGUGACAUGCCAGACCUCCAGGGAUAACAUAUGGAUCGUUGCGUCGGCAGACAAGCCAGAGGAAGACCAAUCAAAAAGCUCAUGCACCUUGUUCGAGCCUAGGUUUGCAGUAGGCGAAUCACAGGUCCUAUUUUUCCACGUCGAACGCCGGAGGUUCACAUCCUUGUGGAAGCGUGAGGGUACAGUGGAGCUUGCUUUGCACCUAGGAGCAGGCAGCGGCGAUGUUUUCCAAGUUGUUGACUGGGAAACGCUGGUGAUACUUCCGCCACGGGUGGCCUUCAAAUCCUUUGAAGAUGGCAAAUACCUCUGUUCCCGCUGGAUCGAAAAACACCCAUAUCAGAGGUUCGAGUCCAAUUUGGAUGUUGGAGAUCCACUGGUGGCCAAGGAGUUGUUUGUCACUGCUAAUGGAAGCCUUCGUAUAAAGGACGGGCACUAUGCCAAAUUCUGGAGGCGUAGCCCUAACUGGAUAUGGGCUGAUGCAUCAACCGAAAACAUGUCCGACGACACUUUGUUUUGGCCUGUCAGAAUCCAAGACAAUGUCAUUGCUCUUCGCAACUUGGGCAACAACAAUUUCUGCGGUGGACUCACCACCGAGUACAAAACCAACUGUCUCAACGCCGCCUACCGUAAUAUCUGUAAAGAGUCAAAGCUGGUGGUGGAAGAGCUUGUUCUUUCGAGGAACAUCUACAAUAUCAAUUUCCGACUCUCCGACUCCAGGAUCUACAACGAGCAGGUCAUAGAAAUGGACACAGCUGUCGCAGUUAACAACAGCCCAAACAGAGACUCCACUAUCAGCCUCAGCUUUGCAGAGAAAGACUCUAGGACACGUAGCUGGAAUAGCAGUGUUUCAUUGAAGUUGGGUGUUAACACAACUCUCCAAGUCAACUCUAUUCCUCUGAUUCUUGACGGAAAGAUCGAACUCUCCGUUGAGUCUACAACAGCAUACCAGUGGGGACAAACUACCACAGUUGAACAGACCAGGGAGGCCAAUUAUGCUGUUGUCGUGCCACCAUUAUCUAAGAUGAAGGUGAGUCUCAUAGCUUCAAGGGCUUCCUGCGAUGUGCCUUUCUCCUACACUCAGCGUGACAUUCUCACUGACGGCCGAACCGUUACCAAAACCAUGGAUGAUGGUCUUUUCACUGGGAUUAAUGCCUACAAAUUCGAUUACCAAAACCAGGCAUCCUUUAUUGGUGGCCAGGUUAUUCCCUCUGUCUCAAGUCCAUGGAGGCUCCCGCGUGCUGUGUACUUUUGGGUGUGUGUGGUUCUAGUGUUCAGUGUGCUAUUGCGUUUACUGCACUUCAUGUAA